AUUCAUAGAAGAUCAGACAAUUGCAAUAAAAAUUCUGACACCAAAACUUGAACUUUUGGAACCGUUAAUAGGUCAAAACCAUCGGACUCACGCCUUAACCAACUGAGUAAAUGAAUCUCCUCUUCAUAGCGAACUUCCUCCAAGUCACACGACACUCAACAGUGACUUGCACUUCUUCAGAUCCAUUCAUCCAGUUUUCAAAGGUCGUUGUUUUUUUCAUUCUAUUACCAAACUUAAAUCCCGAUUCUAAUAAUACAAACAAAAUCCAAUCAUGCAGAACAAUUCAAUUAACUAUAUAAACUUCUGUCAACCUACCGAAGUCAUCAGUUCCUCGUUAGCUACUCACGAAAAACAAACAAAAUGAAGAAAUUCGUGUUGGCUCUCCUUGUGGCAUCAGUGUUUGCUGAAGAAGUGAAGCCUUUGUACAAAUACCGCUUCGAAUCUGAAGAUGUCAUGAAGACUGCAGCUUCUACAAUUCCUGUACAUGGUUACCAUGUGGUCGAAGGUGGUUACUACCCUUACGAAGGAGACGUACGAUCAUCUAGAUUUGGACCAGGCUAUUCUGGUGCAGGACUAGGUGGCUUUGGAGGAGUUGGAGCUGAUUACCAAUAUGGAGGUUACGCUCCUUAUGGGGGCAACAUCGGGUACGGACCUGGAAUUGGGUAUGGACCUGGUUAUGUAGGAUCUCCAUACCAUGGAGGAUACGGUGGACAAAUAGUCGACAAAAACAUAUACAGAGGUGGAAAGAAGAGUGUGGUCGAUGAAAAUUACGAAAAACUGCAUGGUAAGAAGGGUGAAGAGAUCAGCGGAGGCCAGGAAGGGUAUAACCAUGGUCAGGUUGCAUUGAAGAACAUCAAAGGAGAUUCUGGGUACUACAAUGAGGAGGAAGGUGGUAAGAAACUGUUUGAAGAUGGCAAACAUUACAAUGGGGCUCAACAUUAUGCCCAAGAAGGUCUCAACGGAGGACAGAAGAAGAUCAACAACGGUCACAAGAAAGGACAUAGCAUCAAGGGUUUCAAGACCUCCCACCACAAAGACGAGUCAGGAAAAACCGAAGAAUAUUACGAUGAGGAGAAUGAUGAAGGUAACAACGUCUUCUUCAAUGGCCAAAAGGGAUCUUUCGGCGAGAAUGCAGCAUCAUCUUUCAAAGGUGGCCAUGCUGACGGUAAAUUCAAUGCUGGAGAGAGCAAGAAGGAAGGACAUUACGACCAAGAGCAUUACGUUGGUAACACCAACGCUGGUAAAGGAAGUUUUGGAUCCAAGAAAUACGCUGGUAGCGGGGAGGUAUAUGGUGUUAAUAAUGGUCUGGACCAACAAAGCUUGCUUGGACAUCAUGAGUCCGAGAGAUUAUUCAAUCAUCAUUCUGAUCAUUCCCCUUUUUACGGAAGUGUUUACAAGAAAUAAUUCAGGAUGUAAAUAUUUCCGUUGAUUUAGGUAGACCUUAGAUUGAUUUCUUAGGUUAUUUAUUUUUUUCUGUAAGUUCUGCUCAUGUCGAUUACUACGUUGUUACCAUAGGAUAACUUAACUUAAACCAUGCCAUUUUCCUGUAUAUGAUAUGAUGUGAAAUAUAAAAAUAGGAUUGCAAUU